CCGAAUGUUUUUCUAUUGCUCAUUCUCGCGCCCUCUUAGACGUCAACCUGUUGCUCCGUUAUAGUCGUGCCAUUAAAUCUUAUUUGGUUUGGCAUGUCGUCAAGUCUGCCAUAUAGGAAGUUCAUUUUUCAAUCUCGAACUACAGCAGUAUUUAUUUAAAUUCGCACGACCGACUUUCCACGCAGGUUUGCGAUUUGGUUUACACGCUGCUGCACUGCAGUUAUAUUUACGCGUGUGUUGUGUAUCCUCUUGCUCUCCCUACAAGUAAAGUUUAAGUGGGUGUGCAGAAAGGUGCGUGCAUAAGUGCCAGUGCUUUUUUCGUUAUUUUUUACCAUCUUUAAGUGGAUUCAGGUGUCAAAGAAAUUAUUAACGGCGAUUAAAGAUCACCUGUGCUUUCAAAAUUGACUGAACAUUCCUAUAGAAUGCGGUGGACGGGGAGGACAAGAUUUUCAGCACGCUGAUAUAAUAUAUGCUAACAUCAUCGCAAGAUGCAGCAGCCGCAACAACAGCAUCAGGAGCCAGAUCGGCCAGUGCAACUUCGACGGAAAAAGAAGCGUAGAACAGUGCAGUUGGUGCGAGGCGACAAAGGCUUUGGUUUCACCAUAUCCGGUCAGCAACCUUGCAUCCUUAGCGCGAUCGAGCCUGAUAGCCCGGCCGAACUUGCAGGACUACGCACCGGCAACGUUCUCGUUGCUGUCAAUGGUCAUUGUGUUACGACAGCUUUUCACGACGAUGUUGUCUUACUCAUUGGCAGAUCGCAUGGCUUGCUCAAACUUCGAAUUCUUACCGAGGUUACUGAUGAUAGCGACUCGAGUGACGACGAUGACACUUCGUAUGUUAAGGCUCGGGCAAGACCAAGAUACAGAUCAAGGUCUAGUACCACGUUAGCGAGUGCAGAAAUGUCCACGUCUCUGCAGCCACAAUGUAGAAUAGCUAAAGUGGUGAGAGAUCUGCACAGCGGAGCAAUGUUCAACUGCAGAAUGUCGGUUCCAAAUCUUCAUAGGUGGAGUAUGUCGAGUCCACCGUUGCCGCCGCCACCGCCUGCCUCGCGAAAAUGCGACUCCGAGAAAAUCGUUCACAGAGCAGUACUAGGUUACCUUGGCACCAUAGACAUUCCUAAUCAUUUGCAAUCUAUGACGAUGAUGUCGUUGGUGAGAAAAUGUAUCAAGAGAAUCAAGACUGAAAGUCGUAACCUAACUACGGUUUUAUUAACAAUCCACGUAGCAAAUAUAAAACUUACAAAUAUGGAAGGUCGUUUAAUUGCCGAAUACUCAUCAAAUCGUAUUGUUUACUGCAAUUCGUUCCCGAACGAAGACAAAUUACACUUUGGUAUCCUUACGAAAAUCGAUGUAGCCAAUACCAAUGAAACCAAUAACUGCGAAAUUGAUAAUGCCUCGAAUUCUUGCCAUGUUUUCAAAAUAUACACGAACAUUACCGAUCAUUCGGUACAUUGUAAUAUGAGCGACAUUUUUGGAUUUAGCUGUACAAAGGCCAGUGAACCGAGCAAUGCUUGUCAAGAAUUUCCUUCGAGCUGUGAAGGUUUAGUCGGUGCCAUACAGACUCUCUACAUAGCAGAUACAACUGAUAGAAACGCUAAUUUAUUCGAUAAUAGAUGGAAUCAUCGGGAUGCACAAUCGUCGCCGCAACCUAGUAAUAUAAGUACUUCCACUGCGCAUUCGAGUAAUAGUGAUUCGGGAAUAGGAUUUAAGGAUGAUUGUUGUUGCCAUUUGGAUAGAAAUUUUAAUGCUGAGCUCCCGCCUCGAUACCACGACAGGAGUAUAGUCGUUUCUUCUCUAGGAAGAAAUAAAGAUUAUUCUGGAUCUAAGCUGACUGUGCGCGCUAUUUCAGAUUCACGUUGGAAUAACUGUCCGAGCAGGCCAUUCAAAGCAAGUCACUCGGCAAGCCUAUCGGACCAGCAGUUGUACAGCAACGAAUUGGAGGACUACCCGGAGGCGCGUAUUCUGGCGCACUGUCAGCAUUUGAAGGAGUCACGUCGGCGUCGUAGCGGCGGCAGCGGUAGCGCGCGCUACAGCAGCGGCGGAGAGGGGAGCAUCAUCAGCUGUCCCGCCAACGUGCCAUCUGCUGCUCCUACCCGUAAUCGAAAGCAGCAGCGAACCAGCCCCAAGGCUCUGGCGGCUUUGGCGCGCUCGCCCCGUUAUACUUCUGCCCUGUCCGUUGGCACUCUACAGCCCAAUACUACCCCGAACACCAGGAGUCAACUGUCCAAAUCCAAUGGCAACUUCUUCGGAUUGCAACGAGAUAUGGAUGUGCCCGAUAGACUCAGUCCUAAGGUGUAUCCAAACGGCAUGAAGAUCCAGGGUUACAGCAUGGAGAAUCUGAAGACGAGCCCGGGCUCCAAGUCGCAGUCGGACUACAGCACGACGACAAAGUCAUUGCCGCACAGCCAUACAGGCAGCAAGGCGGGCAACGACAAACCGCCACGAGCGUGGGGCAGCCUGCAAGAGAUUCGAAAGGUUGCCGGCUGUGAGCACGACGACUACUUGCUGAACCAUGGGAGCAACGAGUCGUGUGAUAAAGCCACAGGAUGCGGAGUACACACAUGGGCAUUGAGCUUCGAAAAGCUGCUGGAAGAUCCGAAAGGCUUGCAAACAUUCGCUAAAUAUUUGAAGAAAGAAAUCAGCCACGAGAACAUCUAUUUCUGGGCAGCGUGCGAGCGAUACUCUGACACUGAAGAUUUAGGCGCUCGAAAAAAGCUGGCAGCGCAAAUAUAUGAGAAGCACUUAUCAAACAAUGCUCCAGAACCAGUCAACGUCGACAGCCAAGCUGCCGGUCAAAUUACGAUGGAACUGCUGGAAUCUGCUCCCACCGAUGUAUUCGCUCAGGCCCAGAAACAAGUAUUCAAUCUAAUGAAGUUUGACAGUUAUCCUAGAUUUCUACGAUCGGACAUUUAUCGAAGGUGCUUGGAGUAUGGACAUGAUCCAGAAGACUCAACUCCUGAAGAUGGUGAUUUAAUUUUAACCAACUCACCGAGUUUGAAAAUCAGGAAAAGUCGUUCCGAUGUAGAAGAUCGCAAUAGGAAAUCUAUUCUUCCGUGGCACAGAAAAAACAGAUCCAAAUCGAAAGAUCGAGGAGAAUCAGAGUACAACAAAACUCCAAAUCGUGGUGAGAAAAUUUACAAGAGCUUUUCGACGAUACAGCGAGACAACGAAGGAAACAAUAACGACGAGGACAAUGUUUCUGUGUCAAGCAGUCGUUCAUCUCUUGCGUCCUGGGAUUUAGCGUUGCGACAGUCUUUCACGAAACAUUCGUCCUGCGAAGGACAGUCGAAUGACAAUAGAGAUGCUCUCGGGUCUAAAUGCACUGGACUCUGUCGAGUUAUCCUUCCAGACGGCUCGACAACUGUUAUACCAACCAAUCACUCGGAUAGUGUCAGAGACGUCCUUACCCGUCUUCUUGACAAACGCGCUCUACGUUACGCGAACUACGACGUCAUAGUGCUUACUACAGACGAGUUAAUAAACUUGAAACAUCCAAGUUCAGUAUUAGCGUCACAAGAAGUGGAAGUUGUGCCAACAAAAGUUAUCAAAGUCGAUCUGCCUUCCCGCCGCGUGAUAAGUGUCGUCGCUCAUAAAGGAAAAACGUUGAAAGAAGUAUUAAAACCACUAUUGAAUAAGUAUGGUUUUAAACUCGAGCUUGUCACUAUUUGGGACAAUGGGCAUCCUAUAUCUAUCGACAUUCCUGCAUCAAGUGCACCUCCAAAACUUUCUUUGACUUCGAAUAAUAAAGAAAUAGUAGAUGAUGCUUCAUUAUUUAAAGUACCUGAAGUGCCAAAAGGUCAACCUACAUUAGAUGAAAUAACUAAUAAGGUCUUUCAGGAACUUCGUGUAGGAAAAUCUACCACUAAACGUGAUGAAGAAGGCUCGUGCAAGUCUGACGAUCAAAAGUCUGAAAAGUCUGAAAGUUCGUCGAUUUUAUCUGGAAAAAUUUUCUCAAGAGAUUCAACCCUCUAUUUAAAAAAAAAGUCGAAAUCUAAAAAUAGUAAUACGAGUGAGAGAAGCACUUCAGACUGUGGUAACGAAGAAAUUAACCGAACACAACCGCCGUUAAUAGCGAAAUGGAAGAAUGGUGUGAAACUUCAACUUCCUAGUAGAUUCGAUGGGGAUAGUAAAGACAUAUAUGAUGGAAUAAAACGUGCACAAAAAUUAAGAUUAGAAGACCAGAGAGGAACAGAAAUAAAUUUUGAACUUCCAGACUUUUUGAAAAAUAAAGAAAAUGGAAAAAUGAUUGACGAAAAGAAACGAAGAAAAUCGCGCUCUACGUCAAGUCACGGUGAUUUUAGUAAAUUUUACGAUUCUCAAGAAGAGAAACCGAUUCUCGAUCUGUGUUAUGAUAAUACGAGUAGUUUAGAGACAACCUUAGUUGAUGCUGACCAGACAAUUGAAAAUGGAUCUCAUUAUUUUGACUCAAACAAAAUAAGCAGUCAAGAUCACGUGCAAAUUUCUUCAACGAAAUUACUCAAACCACCACCUCUUCCGCCUAAGCCAAAGAGUUUGAUGAAUUCUUUGCGAAGUAAUGCUUUGCCUACUAGACCAUUUCAACGAGUUGUAAAUUACGAUAAGAAAACUAUUUGACAAACUCAAUUAUAAAGUAUUUGGGACAACUAAAUAGCAUUAAGAAAUGAUGAAGCGUGAGAUUAUAUAGCAAAUUUUAUAGAAUUUUUGUAGCUAGAGUUGUGUUAAUAGCUCAUUUAAAUAAAUUAAGGCAGUUCACAAAACUAAAACAAGCGCAGCUAUGUAACAGUGAGUGCCUUAAUAUAGUUUUUUCUUGUUUCUAGGUUACAUAAUAGAAAAAACUUAAUAUAAUUGUAUUAUAGUGACUUCAUGGCAUGGAAAAGACUAAAAGAAAUUGUUAUGAUGUAUUUAUAUUUUCUAUUUUAUUUAAAAACAACCGUGAAAGUAUAUUAAAUUCAUAUGAUUGUAU